CAUCCGCGCAAGCUUGGUGACUGUUUUUCUAACUCCCCUUAUGUCGAUGAGAUGGUACUCGGUGACGACAUGUCCAUUUCGUCAUCUUUACCAAACAAAAGGAAUCCUACGCCGUUAUGUGAUGGUCAACUGUACCACCACUGCGAAGUGUACUUACAUAUGGCGUCAGGACCAUCCCCCCUCCCAAAUCUCACAUGUCCAAAACCACAACGUCCUGCUGAAUCAGACGGGGAGAAGAUUGGCACCCAGAGGCAUCCAAUAGCAAUGCUUUCAGGCGUUGGCAACGAUACGUACUUCCAAGACCCUCCCGUCAGCCGGCCUGCAGGAUCGAAGAUGACGGGUUGGCCACCAAGAUACCUUAAGUACCGCUAGCUCAUCAGUCGUCCUCACCAAACGCUGGCUAGUCCUUCAAAGUAAAAGAGAGCCGCGUUCAUCAUACAGACAAUUUCAAGAGUUGCAAAUACGAAUCACUCGUCAAACGUCAGCUUCAUUCAACAGAUGCCUCGUCUGUCUGGUCUUGCAGUCUUCUCUUCUGU